AUGGUCGUCAUCAGCAAAGCCACUGCCCUGGCCCUGGGCCUGUCCACCGCUGCCUCCGCGGCGCCCCUGGCCCAGACUCGCAAGAACUUCUCGGUUCAGCAGGUUGCCAAUAAGACGCGCACCGUCAACCUGCCUGCCCUGUACGCUCGCUCUCUGGCCAAGUACGGUGCCACCGUUCCUGCGAGCGUCAAGGCCGCUGCGAGCGAGGGCAGUGUCACCACCACGCCCCAGUCCGAUGACACCGAGUACCUGACCCCCGUCACUGUCGGAGACUCCACCCUCCACCUGGACUUUGACACCGGCUCUGCGGAUCUCUGGGUCUUCUCGUCCGAGCUCCCCUCCUCUGAGCAGACCGGUCACAGCCUGUACACGCCCAGCUCCAGCGCAACCAAGCUGAGCGGCUACUCUUGGGACAUCUCCUACGGCGAUGGCAGCUCUGCCAGCGGAGACGUCUACCGGGACACCGUCACCGUCGGUGAUGUCUCGACCAGCAAGCAGGCUGUCGAGGCUGCCAGCUCGGUCAGCUCCGAGUUCGUUUCGGACACGGCCAACGAUGGUCUUCUGGGCCUGGCCUUUAGCUCCAUCAACACGGUCUCGCCCGUGGCUCAGACCACCUUCUUCGACACCGUCAAGUCGCAGCUCGACUCCCCCCUCUUCGCUGCGUACCUGAGGUACCACGAGGCCGGUGUCUACGACUUCGGUUUCAUUGAUGACUCCAAGUACACCGGCUCCAUCACCUACGUGGAUGCCGACAGCUCCGAGGGCUACUGGGGCUUCAGUACCGAUGGCUACGCCGUUGGCGACAACGACGCCAACUCCAACGGCUUCAGCGCCAUUGCUGACACCGGUACCACCCUGAUCCUCCUCGACGACGAUGUCGUCUCCGACUACUACAGCCAGGUCUCCGACGCCCAGAACAGCUACUCGGAGGGUGGCUACGUCUUCUCGUGCGAUGACGACCUCCCCGACUUCACUGUCGUGAUCGGUGGUUACAGCGCCGUCGUCCCCGGCAAGUACAUCAACUACGCCCCCAUCGAGACCGGCAGCUCCACCUGCUUCGGCGGUAUCCAGAGCAACAGCGGUCUUGGCCUGUCCAUCCUCGGUGACGUCUUCCUGAAGAGCCAGUACGUUGUCUUUGACUCUGAGGGACCUCAGCUUGGCUUUGCUGCCCAGGCUUAA